AGCGCAGCGGUGGGUGGUGAGCGGCCCCGGGUGUCCCGGGUAGCGGUGUUGGGUGGGCCCCGAGGCCUUCAGCCGUGCAGGGAGGCGGUUGCUAGAGUCGUUUCUGCGCUUGUGGUGGCCCUCAACGUCUGUCUGUGCCUCAGAAAUGGAUUCUGGAGCCCUUAAAAAAUACUCAGCGUUACAUCCUAAACCUGCUGGCCUUACUCUUCAGUAUGGCACCGCUGGAUUUCGCGCCAAGGCCGAACAGCUUGAUCACGUCAUGUUCCGCAUGGGCUUGCUGGCAGUUCUCAGGUCCAAAGCUGUGGUAUCUACUAUUGGCAUCAUGGUUACAGCAUCUCACAAUCCUGAAGAAGAUAAUGGUGUAAAGCUGGUUGAUCCUCUUGGAGAAAUGCUGCACCCUUCCUGGGAAGAGUAUGCCACACAACUAGCAAAUGCAGAGGAGCAAGAAUUAGAGAAAAUAAUAACUGAGAUCUGCCAAAAAGCAGCAGUGAACCAGCACAAAGAUGCUUCAGUUUUUAUUGGUAGAGACACCAGGCCAAGCAGCGAGAAACUUUCACAGUCAGUGAUAGAUGGUAUCUCUCUUCUGGGUGGUCAGUACCAUGAUUAUGGUUUGGUGACAACACCACAGCUACAUUACAUGGUCUGCUGUCGAAACACCCAAGGGCAGUAUGGGAAAGCAACACUGGAAGGUUAUUACGAAAAACUAUCCAAAGCUUUUAUGGAACUGAUAAAACAGUCUCCCAGCUCUGGAGAGAGUCAGAGGCAUCUGAAGAUUGACUGUGCUAAUGGAAUAGGAGCCCUGAAACUAUCAGAAAUGGAGCCCUACUUUCCAAAGGAGGUGCUCAUUCACCUGUAUAAUGAUGGAACCAAGGAGAAACUCAAUCACUUAUGCGGUGCAGAUUUUGUAAAAGUUCACCAGAAGCCACCUAGAGGGCUAGACAUGAAGCCCAAUGAGAGAUGCUGCUCAUUUGAUGGCGAUGCAGAUAGAAUUGUUUAUUACUAUAAGGACGCAACUGGCCAUUUUCACCUAAUUGAUGGAGAUAAAAUAGCAACUUUAAUUAGUAUCUUCCUUAAAGAACUUCUUGCCAAGGUUGGACAGACCUUAAAGAUGGCAGUGGUCCAAACAGCAUAUGCCAAUGGGAGUUCGACACGCUACCUUGAGGAAACACUGAAGGUACCUGUGCACUGUGUCAAAACAGGAGUGAAACACUUGCACCACAAGGCCCAGGAGUUUGAUGUUGGUGUUUAUUUUGAGGCAAACGGACAUGGUACUGUAUUAUUUAGUAAAGCUGCUGAAACUAAAAUAAGACAACUGGCAAAAGAGGAGAAAGAUGAUGAAAAAAGAGAAGCUGCGAAGGUGCUUGAAAAUAUGAUUGACCUGAUUAAUCAGACAGUUGGUGAUGCUAUCUCAGACAUGUUGGUUAUUGAAGCGAUCCUGGCUUUGAAAGGUCUGACUGUGCAACAGUGGGAUGCUGUCUACACUGACCUUCCGAAUCGGCUGCUCAAAGUUGAGGUUGCAGACAGGCGAGUUAUUGACACAACAGAUGCGGAACGGCAUGCGCUUACUCCUCCGGGACUACAGGAGAAAAUUGAUGCGCUUGUAAAGAAGUACAAGUUGUCACGAGCAUUUGUCCGUCCAUCAGGAACAGAAGAUGUAGUCAGAAUAUAUGCUGAAGCAGACACACAGGCCAACCUUCCUGCACUGCGAAGACAGGCUACUUGCAUUAUAAAGAAAAAUCAAAGCUUCUGUCCUUAAAACUUCAAUCCAAGGCUCCAUGAGAACACCAUAAAAGACAGUGUGAUUCAGCACGACUACUGUCUUUCCAGAAACGCACAGUAAUGACCUACAUAAAACUAGGUUGGCUAAUGAUGGGGAUUAGGACAGCUUGGAGAAUUAUGAGGCAAAUCCCAAAUAAUAAAAUAAAUGAAGGAACUUUGAAAAUAAGUUUUAGAUUUAGACAUACUACAGGGCACAAACAGACAUAGUGUGUGUGAAUCCUUCCAUGCUCUAGCCCACACGAGCAUCUUUUAUAUAACAGGAUAAUUAGAGGUGACCAAAUGUCUGCAGAGCUGUGCCAGGGCAGCAGCUCUCACAUGGUCACCACUGCCCAGACUAAAGGAAGAGACGAGGUACUUUUGUCCUUGGUGGCCUCUCGUUUCUAGAGUCUCCAGCAAAUGCCAGUUGUUUUGCAUUCAUUUUUUUCCCCAACGGAACAGGAUUGCAGAUGCACUGAGGAAGCAGUUUGCACUCACACUACUGACCAAGAAAAACCCAUUGGGUCCCCUUCACAAGCAACAUCUUCCAGACAGAUCACGCAGGAGUACUUUAAGUGAGUCAUGCUGAGACAACAUACAGUCGGUCUGAUCUCAUGCAUUAGUCACUGGGACGUGUGGGUGUAUUUUGAGUUCUUAGACAUUACUGCAAUUAAAUACUUUAGAAAUAAAAUACUUGAAUAAAUCACUAUUACUGAUUAGCUUACAAGAGUGGAGAAUCUCUUGCCAUAGGCUAAAUCAAACCAGCUUGAACUCAUUUGGUGUGUAGCAUCAUAUGCUCUGGGGACCACUCUGACACUGGGAGGGAAGGAACUGUGGGCUGACCCAGGUGAAGGCCACAAAAGGAAAGGAAAUAGGAAAACAAAAAUUCUUAUACACUAGAAUUUUACCAAGAGGCAUGGACAAACAUCCAAAAAUUUGCAUGACAAUAUCUUCUACUCACAUCUG